AUGAUUAUAGAAAAUUAUUGUCAAAUUGUAAAAGAAAAUUUCCAGCCAUCGGGAAAAAUUGAAAAAAUAUUAUUCGAUGAUAAAGGAACAAGCAAUAGCAAUUCAAUUUUGUUAGGAUCACAAUAUUCGAAUUUAGUCUUGAGUAAACCAUGUUAUCAAAAAUUAAUACAAGAUUAUGAUUUAAAUACUUUGGAUAAUCCAUUGAAUCAUUUAACAAUUGAUGGAGUUUCAAAAAUAAUAGUCAAAGGUGGUAAAAGAGAUGUUAAAGUUCCUUUUCUCAGCGUACUCGUUUCAUCGAUAUCAGAAAAACAAAAAGGUACAUUAAAAUUAAUGGAUCCCACAUCGGUUGUUAAUGCUGUUAUUCAAAGAGAUUUUUGGGAAGAAAUAAAAGGAGAUGUUAAAGUGAAUUCAGCAUUUGCAUUAACUCAGGUAUGA